AUGCCAGUAUCCGAAGAACGACUGGAACAAAUCAAGAAAGAAACAGCGAUUGACCAGACCAUGAAGACCCUGUUCUCAACAAUCCGAAGGGGAUGGCCAGAGACAAGAAAACAAACACCUUGCGAAAUCCAGGACUACUGGAAUUAUCGAGCUUUCAGAAGUAGAUGGAAUCUUGUUGAAGCAAGACAAGAUUAUCAUACCCCUCAGUAUGAGAGGAAAGAUGCUAGAAAGAAUACACGAGAGUCACAUGGGCAUAGAGAAAUCCAAACGACGAGCAAGGGACAUUAUGUUUUGGCCAAGAAUGAAUGA